GUCAGAUCGACACGCGCAAUAAUUGUCAUCGCCAGCUGUGUCGCACGAUGGUCACUGACAUUAGCUGACAUUACUCCGACAAAGAGAGAGAGAGAGAGAGAGAGAGAGAGAGAGAGAGAGAGAGAGGGAGAGUAUCGAUAUAUACCUUUCUCUCAAUUUCUCGAUAUCUCGGCACUGAUACUCGUUCACUCGACAAGCUUUCUCACGAUGUUCAGUGUUUAUACGGAAUGAAUGAGAGAACGUACGCAUACAUAUUGACAUAGAUGAGAAAAGCAGAUAAUGCUCUUUUUUCAUUAAUAAUGAAAAAUGAAAUAAUAAAUAGUGAUAUCGCAUUACAAAGUUGUGGACCUACGUGAAAAAAAUAUUUCAAUUUUGUAGCUCGAAAGGAAAAUUCCAUGUCCGCGAACUGGUAUUGACAAAUAACAAAGUGUCAAACAAAGCUGUCAAAUACUAUGUUUAUCUUAUAUAUAUAUAUGACGCUCGAAUAUAUUAGGUAUACCUAAUACUUACACAGGAAAGUGAUGAGUGUAUGUGAUAUUUUAAGACACUGGUUAUUUUGCAACUGUAAACAUGCCAUUUAAGUUUCAUCUAAAAAAGAGCAGACAAUACAAUGUUGUGUCCAAGAAUCAGUAUGUGAUUUGUGUUGAAUUGUUAGACGCUACUUCUAUCGAAUGUACCCUCAGUAUUGACAGUGUUGGUCAAGAAUGCCUGAACAACGUGACACAGCGUUUAGGAUUAGGACAACCAGAGUUUUUUGGCUUACGUUAUGUUUACUGUCAUGGCAGCCCAGCAUUGCGCUGGGUGGACAUGGAUAAACCUUUAAAAAGGCAGCUUGAAAAGGAUGCCAAGAACUUUACGCUUUACUUAAGAGUCAUGUAUUAUGUCUCUGAUGUGCAAUAUAUUCAAGAUGAUAUGACAAGAUAUCAUUAUUAUCUUCAAUUGAAGAGUGAUGUAUUAGAAGACAGAAUACAUUGUACUCCUAGACAAGCUUGUUUAUUAGCAAGCUAUUCUAUGCAAGCUGAGUUUGGAAAUUAUAGUCCCGAGAGACAUACAGUCGAGUGUCUCCAGCACUGCACUUUCUUUCCAAAUGAGAUGAGUAAGAUUGACUCAGGUGGACAAGACUCUCUCUUACAUACAGUGAUAUGUCAGUACAAGAGUCUAACCGAUCUUACACAAGCUACCGCAGAGGAGCUGUAUAUCUCAAUUGUGAUGCAGGUGGAAGGAUAUGGCAAUGAAACAUUUAUUGCCAAAGAUAACAGUAACACUAAAGUUAUUCUUGGAAUUUCUAUCGAUGGGAUUAUGGUGGCAUAUCCUAGUACGCAACCUAAUGCACAACCUACUGCAGAAACAACACAAUUUUAUAGAUGGAGCGACAUUAGUAAUGUCAUAAAUCAUAAGAAAACGUUUAGAAUAGAAUGCCAAUUGGAGGGUGAGGAAGCGAAGCAAUUUGUAUUUACUGAACCGCGUAACGCGAAAUAUAUAUGGAGAUUAUGCAUAGCUCAGCACACAUUUUACAUGUAUUGCCAGGAGCAUCGUCCUUUGGAAAGAUCCAAUAGCUACUUCGUGCGUAAUUGGCCAUUUGUCUAUACAAUGUAUCACUUUAAUCAUAUGAUUAAAAACGAUAUAUCUCUUCAGGAAAAUGAUACGAACGAUUCGAGUGAACAAACAGCGUCCGUGAAUCUGGAUAACAGGACUACGGACAGUUACAUGCGGUGGACGAGUUACAACGAUCUCUCGACAUCGCCGUAUCCUGUCGUAUCUGUUUCGUCAACGGAUAUAAAUACUUUACGUGCAUUAUUACCAUCGUACAGACCAGCGCCCGAUUACGAAACGGCGGUUCAAAUGAAAUACAAUAACGGAGGAAAUGCUCCUCAGCCUUAUUACGCGAAUCAAUCCGCGAUAGUUGGUUCGGAUAUUUCGUGCCUUCUUGGUAAUGUUGUAAAUCGUAACAGAUAUUGAAUUUUUAAUUAGAUGUAAAAUAAUUUUUGACGAUUUUAAAAAGUUCUAUCCGUCUAUCUGCAUCUGUUCUAUUGUUUAUAUAAAUGGACAAUGAUGUAUAGAAAAAAAGAUAUAUUCGAUAUAUUAAGAUUAUUAACAAAUAA